GCAAUUGCAUUGAUGAGUUGUAAGAGUGAGUGGAAGGUGGGGUCAAAUCAAAGCUAAACUCACCAACACACACUGUAAUAAAACCGUGUUGUUAUGAGAGUUCUUAGAUGGCACACCACUGCUUCAACUGCUGAACAAUCCGAAACCGACAUUCUCCGUCAAUUUCUGUGUGCUACUUUCUCUCUCUCUACUUCUCAAAAAUCCCAUUUUUCCUUUCUCUCUUAAGUCAUAACUUCUCUGUUGCUCACCUCAGUUUCCCUUUGUUCUUGCGAUUUUACUGUUUUGGGUCUUCAGCUCUUCCAGUGAAGGUUUUAGGCUCAUAAUCUCAGGAACUCAAAGGUUUUCAAGAAAAGUUGAGCUUGGUCAAUGUGGUAAUGCAAUAGUCAGACAGGUAUAACAUCCCUCAAGUUUUCCUGGAAGCUAAUUGAUUAUUGGCAAUGAGCAAUCUGAAGCUAGGUGUGGAAGUUGUGGGUGCUCAUGAUCUUAUACCCAAAGAUGGGCAGGGCUCAUCUAGUGCUUAUGUGGAGCUUCACUUUGAUGGUCAGAAAUUUCGAACUACAACUAAAGAGAAAGAUCUGAAUCCUGUUUGGAAUGAGAAAUUUUACUUCAAUGUUACUGAUCCAAGCAGAUUGCCGAAUCUCACUCUUGAUGCCUGUAUAUACCACUUUAACAAAAGCAAUAAUUCCAAAAUCUUCCUUGGUAAGGUCCACCUCACUGGACCCUCAUUUGUUCCGGAUUCUGAUGCUGUUGUUUUGCACUACCCUCUGGAAAAGAAAAACGUUUUUUCCCGCAUAAAAGGAGAGCUUGGUUUGAAGGUAUUUGUUACUGAUGACCCUUCAAUAAAAUCUUCAAACCCUUUACAUGAUGUGGAACCCUCCAUGGACACUGACCAUCGCUCAACCCCAGAUCAUACUCCAGUUUCAUUCACAAAUUCAAUCCUCAGCGUCUUUUCUCGCAAGAAAAAUGAGACAAAGCACACAUUUCAUAACCUUCCAAAUUCACAUGAAGAAAAACAGCAUAAAUCUUCAUCUUCAGCUGCUGCAAAGACAACUAAAGACCAUGGGACGCAUGAGAAUAAAUCUGGACUGCCUUCUCCAAAAGUUUUUCAUGCAUAUCCAGGUUCAUCAUAUCCAAUGGAUUAUGCCUUGAAAGAGACAAGCCCUUUUCUUGGUGGGGGACAAGUAGUUGGUGGGCGAGUUAAACGUGGGUAUGGGCCAGCCAGCUCCUAUGACCUUGUUGAACCAAUGCAGUACCUUUUUGUACGAGUUGUAAGAGCUCGUGACCUUCCAUCAAAGGGUGCGACUGGGGGCCUUGAUCCAUAUGUGGAGGUAAAGGUUGGAAAUUUCAAAGGAAUUACCAAGCACUAUGAGAAAACUCAAGAUCCUGAAUGGAAUCAGGUGUUUGCCUUUGCAAGGGACAAUCAGCAGUCAACUUUGCUUGAAGUUGUGGUCAAAGACAAGAAUAUGUUAGUAGAUGAAGUUAUUGGCACUGUGAAGUUUGAUCUCCAUGAUGUUCCUACACGUGUUCCACCUAAUAGUCCAUUGGCUCCUGAAUGGUAUCGAAUUGAAAAGGGCAAAGACAAGAAAAAGGGGGAGUUGAUGCUCGCUGUAUGGUUUGGCACACAAGCUGAUGAAGCUUUUCCUGAUGCUUGGCAUUCUGAUGCUCUCUCUGCUGGUGAAAUCUCUUCAUCUGCAUACUCUCAGAUGCGAUCAAAAGUUUACCAUUCACCAAGAUUAUGGUAUGUUCGGGUUAAGGUGAUCGAGGCACAGGACUUACUUGUAUCAGAGAAUUCCCGAGUCCAUGAUGCCUAUGUCAAGUUACAGAUCGGUAAUCAGAUUUUGAAAACAAAACCAGUUCAAUCAAGGACCCUGGUUCUGCGUUGGGAUCAAGAGCUGAUGUUUGUUGCUGCUGAACCCUUUGAGGAACCUCUGAUUGUUUCAGUUGAAAAUCGAGUUGGUCCCAACAAAGAUGAGACUAUUGGAGCUGUUGUUAUUCCUUUAAACCAAGUUGACAAGCGUGCUGAUGAUAGACCAAUCCAUACUAGGUGGUAUCACCUUGAAGAAUCCAUGUCAUCUGCAAUGGAUGGGGAACAUGGUAAAAAGGAGAAAGAUAAAUUUUUCAGUAGAAUUCACCUCAGUGUCUGUCUUGAUGGUGGGUACCAUGUUUUUGAUGGGUCAACUUACUAUAGUGGUGAUCUCAGAGCCACAUCAAAGCAACUCUGGAAGAAGUCAAUCGGUAUCCUAGAACUUGGCAUACUAAGUGUUGAUGGGCUUCAUCCAAUGAAAACCAGAGAUGGAAGGGGGUCAACAGAUACAUUCUGUGUGGCAAAAUAUGGGCACAAAUGGGUUCGCACUCGAACCAUUACCGACAGCCUAAGUCCAAAAUACAAUGAGCAGUACACUUGGGAAGUUUAUGAUCCAGCUACCGUUCUCACUGUGGGGGUGUUUGAUAAUGGACAUCUUACUAAUUCAGAUGGUAACAAGGAUCUGAAAAUUGGUAAAGUACGGAUCCGAAUCUCCACCCUGGAAAGUGGCCGUGUUUAUACAAACAGGUAUCCUUUACUAAUGCUACAUCCUUCAGGUGUCAAGAAGAUGGGUGAUCUGCACUUGGCCAUUAGAUUCUCGUGUUUCUCAACAGUUGACUUGAUGCAACUAUAUUUCAAGCCUCACUUGCCAAAAAUGCACUAUAAAAGGCCACUUAACUUGAUGGAACAGGAAAAGCUGCGACACCAAGCGGUCAGUGUUGUUGCUGCACGACUGAGUAGGGCGGAACCCCCACUUAGAAAGGAGGUAGUUGAAUACAUGUGUGACACGGAUUCUCAUCUUUGGAGCAUGAGACGCAGCAAGGCGAACUUCUACCGUUUGAUGACAGUGUUUUCUGGAAUUCUGAGAGUUGUAAGGUGGUUGGGGGAAGUAUCGACAUGGAAGAAUCCCAUAACAACAGUGCUGGUGCACAUUCUUUUUCUGAUGCUCGUGUGUUUCCCUGAACUUAUUCUGCCAACUGUCUUUCUGUACUUGUUUGUAAUCGGAAUGUGGAAUUGGAGGUUCCGGCCGAGGUGCCCUCCUCACAUGAACACCAGACUCUCUUAUGCUGAUGGGGUGUCCCCAGAUGAGCUUGAUGAGGAAUUUGACACGUUUCCCACCUCAAAGAGCCCUGACAUUGUACGGUGGAGGUACGAUCGGUUGAGAAGCGUGGCUGGGAGGAUUCAGAGUGUUGUUGGAGACUUGGCUACUCAAGGAGAGAGGGUCCAAGCUCUUGUGAGCUGGCGCGAUCCUCGUGCCACCACCAUGUUCAUGGUAUUCUGCUUUGUGGCUGCUAUUGUGUUGUAUGUCACACCUUUCCAGCUUCCCAUUCUUCUUACUGGAUUUUACCUUAUGAGGCACCCCAUGCUCCGGAGUAAGGUGCCGCCGGCUCCGGUCAAUUUCUUCCGUAGGUUGCCUGCUCUCACAGACAGCAUGCUGUAAAUCAACUCUCUUCUGUGUCUUGGAAACUUAUCUCCUGCUACCAUUCUAUGAUUUUUGGCAGUAAUCGUAAAAUCAUUGGAGCUAUCUCACCUUUUGUUGUUUAAUGAGUGUUUACUGUAAUGUUGAUGCAAAUGAGUACUUAGAGUGUUAACCUCCGGUUUUGAACUUGUGUUCUUUACUGUAGUGUUUACUCAAUGAUCUGUCCCAAGUGUCUAUAAGAAAUUUGUCUUUCUAAAAAGA